GUUUGUGAAUCCUGAGGCUAUAUUCUUAUAGGAAAAGUUGGUUCUUUUUGUGGUUCUUGGUUUUUCUCAUUGUUUUCUCAUCUGGGUUAUCCUUUGUCUCUGUCCUUAUCUUCUUGAUAAAGAUAUAUCCCCACUAGACUAAUCCCUUUAUUUUAUUGUGCCCACUUUAAUUGCCAAUCUCAAUCCAAUUUGCUCCUUCCCAGUUGAAUUCAAAGGAGUAUUAUUCUCCAAUCUAUAUAUUCUAUUCAUUUCAUACUUUGCUGCUUCUUUGAAACUUGGCUCUUGAUACACUUAUUAGCUUCUUCUCCUACAUAUUCUCCCCUCAAUCCUUGUAAAGUUCCCAUUUUUAGCCCAACAAGCCUUUCAUUUGGCCAAAAAUGUCUGUUUUCCGAUUGUUGGUAUGUCUCUUCGCAAUCGGGCUUUCGCGGCCGACGGCCGAAGGCCUCGGAAUGAACUGGGGGACGAUGGCGACGCACCCGCUGCCGCCGAAGAUUGUGGUUCAGCUGUUGAAGGACAAUGGGAUUAAGAAUGUUAAGCUGUUUGAUGCUGAUGCCUCCACUAUGAGUGCCCUGGCUGGGAGUGGUAUCGAGGUGAUGGUUGCGAUUCCGAACAAUAUGCUCGGCAUGAUGACCGAUUACGAUACCGCGAGGCAGUGGGUCGACCGGAAUGUCACUCGGUACAAUUUCGAUGGGGGAGUAACCAUCAAAUAUGUCGCCGUUGGAAAUGAGCCGUUCCUCACCUCAUACAAUGGUUCGUUCUUGAAUGUGACCUUCCCCGCCCUGCAGAACAUCCAGAAUGCGCUUAACGAGGCUGGCGUUGGCGACACCAUAAAGGCCACCGUCCCGCUCAACGCCGACGUGUACAACUCCCCUUCUAGCAACCCCGUUCCGUCAGCUGGCCGGUUCCGUUCCAACAUCAAUGAUCUCAUGACCCAAAUCGUCGUGUUUCUCAACCAAAGCAACGCGCCCUUCACCGUCAACAUAUACCCUUUCCUAAGCCUUUACGACAACCCGAACUUUCCUUUCGACUACGCCUUCUUCGACGGGACGAGCAACCCCGUAAUGGAUAAUGGGAUAGCGUACACCAACGUGUUCGACGCCAACUUUGACACUUUGGUCUCCGCUCUAAAAGCGGUGGGGCUCGGCAAUUUACCGAUAAUUGUCGGUGAGGUUGGUUGGCCAACCGACGGUGACAUAAAUGCGAAGGCGUCCUAUGCACAAAGGUUCUACAACGGUCUUUUAAAGCGUCUAGCUUCGAACACGGGGACGCCUCUUCGCCCCAACCAGUACAUAGAAGUCUAUCUAUUUAGCCUAAUCGACGAAGACGCGAAGAGCAUUCAACCGGGAAACUUCGAGCGCCACUGGGGGAUUCUAAGGUACGACGGACAGCCCAAGUUUACGAUGGAUCUUUCCGGUCAAGGGCAAAACAAAAUGCUCGUGCCCGCGAAGGGUGUGCAAUACUUGCCUCGAACUUGGUGCGUAUUCAACGCGAAUGCGCAGGACGUAAGUAAGUUAGGGGAUAACAUAAACUAUGCUUGCACAUUUUCGGAUUGCACUUCGCUCGGCUACGGAUCUACCUGUAAUGGAUUGGAUACAAAUGGGAAUGCAUCUUAUGCCUUCAACAUGUAUUUCCAAGUUCAGAACCAAAAGGAUCAGAGCUGUUAUUUUCAAGGGCUCGCGAUGGAGACGACGCAGAACCCCUCGACGGCCAAUUGCAAUUUUACCAUACAGAUAGUUUCACCUGCUUCAUCUCAAUUUCUCGCGCCAUUAUUCGCAGUAUUUGUAUCAUUAGUGAUUGCGUUGUUGUUGCAGUAGUUAGUUUAGAGCAGUUGUAGAAAUCAAGCAUUAGUGGUUGGUGAUUUGAUUUUGUUUUUGUUUUUGUUUUUGUUUUUUGGGCAGAUACUUGUAUGAGAGAUUGUGUUGUAUUGUUAUUGUUUAGAAUUAUAGUGAAUAAAGUUUCAGAUGGAUACAUUUUAUGACGAA